AUGACUAUAACACUAACCGCUAAAACAACAAUUGAAAGUAUUGAUAAAGUAUGCAAGCAACAAAAGCUAACACCUGAUACAACCAUUUCGCAAUUAAUCCACUCACCAAACAACUAUUCAAUUGGAACACUAGCCGUCCUUGUAGCAUCUCAAAAUCAAGAACCAAACGGAUUUCAACUACAAGUCAAAGAUGGAGAAUUGCCAUCUGAUACAGCUACUCUAACAGUUCCAAAAGUCCAUACCAAUUCCUAUGCCACCUUGGAAAGGCUCCUAACUUCAGCAAGACCACCACUUCUUCUCCUAAAAAAUGAUGUCCGCGGCAGCACAAGAGGAACAAGUGACAUUAUAUCAAGUCUAUCCACCUACAUUGAUGAAUUGAAUGACGAAUACACCAAAGGUUUUUUGCAAACACUUGCUUCCUCCAAUUUGCAGGUUGCUGGAACAUUGAAAACAAAAAACGUGUACCUACCACCGUACCAGCCACUUUGCAACUUGUGCCACAGCAUAGUUUCUGCAGCUCACUUGUCAGCCAACAACAUUGCUCACUGCACCACAUGCACAUCAACCACGACUUUUGCAUACCAACACUACUUGCAAUGCACAAUUGAAACUGAAGAUGGAACUAUUAACUGCAAUUUACACACCAAACUCUUGCAACAAAACUUUCCUGAGCUCACAAAAAUAACAUUUGAAAAUUAUAAACAAAACAUAUCUGCAGCUAUCUACCUCAUGCGCAAGUUCGAGAUACGAGGAACAUUCACAAUUGCCAUGAACAAUUCCAUCAUUGCCAUUGCACAAGAAGCGAGCAAUAGUGUAUAAAAGCACCAUGCCAUUUUCAAGAAGAUUUUGCUUCACUUCACACUACUCCUCAAGGUUCCCAAAUGAGAAAUUAAAAACAAUCAAAAGCUCCAAAGCAACACUUAUUUUGUUUUGUAAAUAACUAGUUAAUUAUCUUUCGCUACAAACAUUCAAUAAUAUGCUUAGUUUUUGUAAAUAUAAAUCUUAUGCACUCUCUACUUGUAUAAUAGUUUUGAAGACAAGUUCUUACAAUACCACAACACGUUAUCUUUUUCGCACUCAAUAUCAGCUAUUAACUAUUUUCAAAAUCACAUUAUAUGAAUAAAAAAAGUUUUACUAUCUCAC